UGCGGGGGGGGGCGGGGGGCGCUCCUCCCUCACCUCCGCUAACGAUCCGCUGGCCGCGGCCGCCCGAACGCCCCUCGGCUCGUCUGAGCUAACUCCCGCUUAAAAGUAAAGGCCACGCCGUGAGGAUCCCGGGCGCACUCGGUCGACCCCCUUUGCCGAGCACCUGCUCUGCGCCAGGCCCUGCGGGGACGCCGGCGGGGCAGGUUCUUUCCUCACUGUGCGCGCAGCGCAGUCUCACGGGAAGAGGAGAGGCCGGUUUUGAAGGCUCCAGCAAGCAAAAGGAGGAUUACGGCUGUGAAGGGAUAAAUGAGAGGUCACUGAUAGCAGGAUCGACAAGAUCUUGCCGUCGGCAGGUCAGGAAAGGCUUUUCUGAACGGAACCUUGCUCCGAGAUCUGAUGCGCUUGUGCAAGGAAGAGCGUGAACCCCGCCAAGCAAAGGGAAGAAGGCAUGGGUUGGAAUCAGAGCCUGAACCCCAACCUGACUACAACCAGCAUCAUGUGGUUACUAACUGCUCUUCAUUCACCUAUUGAUGCCUCCCAGAAAAAAACGCUGCCAACCUUCCCGGAAAGCCCAGCUGCUAUUCCAACAAGAACCACUGGAGGGCCCCAAACACCACUAUGGCUCUCCCCAGCGUCCCAUCACCCACACUAGACAGGUGUCCAGCAAGCCCAUUGACCACAACACCAUCACUUCCUGGGUAUCACCUCAGUUUAAUAUGACAGCAGAAAGCUGCUUCCCGGUGAACCAGAAAUGUCAUCACCGAAACCAGGCAAGACCUUCAAGUCGAAAAUCUACCACCUCCAAGUUCCCACAUCUAACAUUUGAGAGUCCACCCUUGUCUUCUGGUUCAGCCACACAUGGGACCUCCUUAACCAGUGAAUGCCCCGAUCAGUCAGAGAAGCGCAUUUCCGGAAGGCUCUUAGUUCCAAUGCUCAGUCCUCAAAGCUUUAAGGAAGCAUCAGCACACAUGCUUCAAGACUUAUCGUACCCAUUCAUUCCACCUGAUAUCCAGACCCCAGAGUCCUCAUUUGUGAAGGAGGGUCCUGUUCCCCCAGGUCAGAGGGAAGGGAGCCUUCCAAGCUGCUCCUUCCACACUAGUACUCCCAAGAGCCUAGAGCCUGGGCCUGUUCUAGUUAAAGACACUCCUGAGGAGAAGUAUGGGAUCAAGGUCACGUGGAGGAGACGACGCCACUUGUUCACUUACCUCAGGGAGAGAGGGAAGCUGAAUAAAAACCAGUUCCUUGUGAAAAACUCACUGGAUUUCUCGGACACCAGCAGUCUCAAGAAAUUUUCAUAAAGUUGCUAAAGUACUUUUCUGGCUCACAGGAGAGUACAUCAGGAGGAUAAAAUGGAAAUGAUACCAAUUAAUAUCAAUAGAAAAAAAUAUCUUAACUAGGACCUUGGAAUCGUAAGGGAAAUCAGUUCCCAGAUUUGCUUUUUAAAAUGUCUUUUCCUAAGAAGUUUUUAGUGUCAUAAACAGCUUCAUAUUUUUCUUAUAGUAACUGUUCAAAAUUUUAAAGUAUCUUGUAGUAACUAUUUAACAUGUAUGUAAAUAAAUGAUUGCAGAAAGGUUUUA